AUGGAACGGUAUGCGGUGAUGGUAUUUCGUGGACCAAUCAGAGAUCACGAAUCGGCCGCAAUCAAUUUACAUUCUAUUGGUGCAAUCGACUUUUUGAAUGCAUUACGCCCUGAUUUAACACCAGACUUAGAACGUAAAAUUGAUCAGAUAUUAGAUAAUAUUCUCUCACAACAUUCCAUCCAAUCUCCUCCCUACUCUCAUUCAAAUUCUUAUACAUUACGUUCUGAUAACCAAUCACACAUAUCAUCUAAUAGUAAUCAAGAUUUAUUUCAACUACCAACAUUAAAUAUUAGUCAACAAAAUACAAAUACAUUGACAACACAACAAAAUCUAAUGGGUGAUACUUUAUUGUCCGGAUUACAAAAUUUAUCUAGUAUAAAUCAUUCAAAACACACAAAUAUGGAUUCAAUCACAAAACACAGUCAUCUUCAACAUCAUCUUUCACUUUCAAAUCUAAGUGCUAGUCAACAACAACAUCAAAGAAGAAAACCAAUGCAACAGACACCGUUAUCAACAGCAAGAUUAAUUUCCUCUUCGGAUGGUGAGCCUUACAUAAUUCCUCAAUAUAAUUUAUUUCGAUGGGUACAAUUGCGUUCAUCAGAUAGAACCGUCUUAUCCACAUUAGAAAAUUCAUUGACACCUCGAAAUGAUGUUUAUUCUACGGUUAUUAGUCAUUGUAAUUUUCUAUCAAAUGUUGUUUUAAACGAUUUUCCAUCUGAAAUUUUUCUACAACGACCGUUAGUUGUAAAACGUUUAUUAGCAUUACUAAAUGAGAACAAUAGCGACGUUAUUACGGCGGCCCUAUCAUGUUUGAAAGAAUUGUGUUUUCAUUUACAUAAACGAAUUAAAAUGUUACGUGAUCCAUUUACAUUUUGUCUCAACAACUUCACUAAUUCGAAGAUAUCAGCUGAUCAAAUUAACAAUGGAAAGGAAGAUUUGAAUUUGACGAUUGCAAGUGCACGUUCUGUCUCAUCGAUCAAUUCAACAACGUCAAAUGGAUACCCACGACUAGUAAGAGAAGGGCAACGAAAUAGUAAUUAUUCAAAUAUUAGUACACAAGAUGAACGUAACGAAUCAUUAGAAGAACAACAACAGACACAAUAUGAUAUUAUAGAAUUUUGUUAUUCAAUAUUAAUCAAUACAUUCGAUUUAUUACGUCGUUUAACGAAUAAAGAUCAUUUAUGCUAUUGUUUACAGUUGAACAAUUUUGCAUGUCAAAUAAUUACUAUUCAUAUUCAACAUAAUUACGGCACAAUUAGUGUAAGUUUAAUUAGUUAAAUUUAUUUAAGAGACGUUUUAAAACAGUCAGGACAUUUUCUAAACUUUUUAGUAUGCUUUUUUCUUCUGACGAGGGAACCGCCCCAGGUGUCCGGCUCCGAUUUCGUUCGUUCAUACAUCAUUCGAUAGAGGACCUCGAGUAGGCAAAAAGGCUAAAAGGAUUUGGGCGGAGGGCCCUUUAAGACCCG